UCGCAUCGAACGAUUUCUUAACCAAUCAAUUGCUUCGAAGGGUCACGUGGGCUAGAAAAAAUGUCCAAAUGAUUGUGAUUGGUCAGUCUACAGCUACUUGUUCCGGAAAUUUCGUUCGAAUCCGAUACUAGACUGCUUUUGAGAUUUAGAUGUUAGCGUAUAUAGCAUACUGCAUGCAGAGGCAGAGCAACAAAUUGACAUUGUGACAAGAAAAAGACGAGACAAUUGACAAAAAGUAACUGACGCGUAAGAACCUGAGCUUCAACUAACCUCGAAAAGACAAACGGAUUAACAACAAUUAACAAAGGGAAAGGCGACAGAACAAUAAUCCACGUAAUUAUCUACCUCUUCGUAAGACUACGUUAGCCGUUUUUAUACUUUUCUAUUUGCAUUUCGUUGCCAAGUACCUGGAUGUCAUCGCUGUGAAGUAACACUAAACUACUGCUCAGUAUUGUAAAUUCGUUUAUUAAUGAUUACAAAACUUCUCAAAGUAAAGUAUUACUUGUGAUAGAUCUACCUCACGCCGAAUAUUUUAUCUGUUAGAUAACAGUGUGGAUAGCAUUUUUGUACAGGUACAAAUCGAAUGAUUAAAAUAUCUUAUCAAAUAAUUUAAAUUUACUUCUACAUUAUGGGAGACAAAGACUACGACAGUUCAGAUUCUGACGAUUCAGAUUUUGUAGCCCCACAGGAUGAAUUAUCUGAUGAUUCCAUACAGUCAGAUUAUGAUAGUGAAGGAAGUGAAGGAAGUGAUCAUGAAAGUAGUAAUGAUAAGAAGAAGAAAAAUACGAAAACACGAAAGCACAAAGCUACAAAAUCUGUAGGAAGGAAGACUCGUUCUACUAGGGCAAAUAAGGAUGAUGAACUGAGUGGGAAUGAGAAAGAUGACAGUACUACUACAAUAGAUGAAAAAGAAAGAGCAGAUUCUUUAUGGGCAAGUUUUUUAAGCGAUACAGCUACUCCAAGUAAAUUAAAAUCCAGCAACACAUCUACUUCAUCCAAAACACCGUCUUGUGACACUUCCCCUUCCACAAACAAAACAGAUGUUCCUAAAAGUUCAAGUACAAGUUGCAGUGCAGAUCAAAGUGAUACUUUUAAUGCCACAAAAACUGAGGAUUCAAAAUCUCCAAUUACAAGUGUAACAGUAAAAGACAAUUCAGAAAACACAGUGACUUUGGCUAAUGAGAAAGAAGAUAAGCCAAAAGACAAGCCAAAACUACCUAUUCUCAAUAGAGACAUUAAGAGGAAAGGAAUAACAUCUGUUUUAGGCAGUUUAAAUAAAAAGACUAAAUUAAGUACCUUGGAAAAAUCCAAACUUGACUGGAAUCAAUUCAAAGAAGAGAAUAAUUUAAAAGAAGAAAUAAAUACGUUUAACCGAGGCAAAAAUGGGUAUUUAGAAAAACAAGACUUUUUGCAAAGAGCUGACUCAAGACAAUUUGAAAUUGAAAAGCAACUGCGUGCUGGAAAACGAGGAUCACGAUGAUUUCAAUCAAUAAGCAAGAGAAAAACGUUUCUUUAAAAAGUUAAUAGUCCUGUUAAUUUUUCUUAAAUUACACAUUUCUUAUUAUUAAGACCUGAGUUAGAUUCUAAUUUUGUAAUAUUCAUCUAUUUUAAUAAUAAUUUUGUAUUAUAUACAUGUA